AGGAAAUUCUGAAGCUCGGAUACUGGUAACCUAUUCCAUCCUCACUCGAACCUUUUCACCAGUUCUCUCAGCAUUCAAUUAGUAUGUCAACCAAUCCACGUUUCACAAAACACUGGCAGAGAAAGAUUAACUUGAAUAAAAAUACCCCGGCCGCUACCAAGCACAUACCCGGCAAAUGUCCUCUUCUUUCCGACAAUUGUAAUACUGAAUAUUCACCUAUCGGACAAGUAACUAUGCCACCUUGCACUUCUGAAACUGCUCUCUCCAGGGGAACGAAGGAGUCUGAGAAAGGUAUGGUCUCUUCCGAUAGUGGUUUCUUGCCGGUGCAUACCCACUGAAGCAAACUUGACGGAGUGAUAGACAAGUACGAGGUCUCCUGUGAUGAGGACUUUGAUGCCUGGCUUACAAAAUGGGAAGCUCAAGAAGCUCAACGUGUUAUUAAUGGUGCCCCUAUCAGGUAUAAUGAACAUGGUCAGGAAAUCGAUGAUGACUUGGAGGAAUAUCUCAGCAAAGUCCAAAGGGAGAUAUCCCGUAGUAUUUUCGAGAAAACCACUGAGGGAGUCCUUGCGCAUAAGGACUGUGAGGAAGCUGGGCUUGUCGAGAGAAAACCGGGAUAUUUGCCACCACCACUGCUAAAGCCUAAUUUGACAGACGAGGUUCCGGAGGAUAUUAAAUAUAUGCGUCAAGCCGAGCAACAGGGAUUCGGGACUCCCAUGCAAGGGAUUGCGAUAACCGCUGCUGUAUAUCAGGAUCUCAAUAGCGAGAUCGACAAGGAGGAGAAGAUCAGAAUUGAGAUGAAGAAAACCACUACUAGGGUGAUGAGUGGAAAGGAUACAUCCGUCAGGGCUUCCUGGACCGGUGAUGAUAAUACUGCCACAAAAUCACCUUCUAAUAACCAAAGCACCUUUUCUAUCAACCAGUGUAUCAGCAGACCCCCGGGAUGGCCUGAGUCUAUACCCCUCCCUCCAACGAGUAGAAAUCGGAAUAGUUGCCAGCCUGGCCAGCCCGAUCAGUCUCCCAUUGCCAAUUCUAAUGGCGGCGAAGAGCCUAAUACUCUCUGUGAGUCCGAAAGUCCUAGAGCAAUAGGGUACUACCAAGGCACCGAGGCUUAUAUUCGGACAGAUACCGCCUAUACUAAAGGACCGGCCGCCAACCCCACCCGUGAUCUAAACAAGGUAUCUUCUAGACGCAAAAGAAGCUCCGGUAAUGACCCAAGGAAGAACUUCCAAGGCAAUCAGAGACGCAGGAUAUCACUCGAUUCCUAUGUGCAAACUGGAUCAGAUGACUAUCAGGGCAAUAGGGGCCGUGCAGGGCAUCGCGAAAGAAGGAGAGGGCGAAAAAAUCGUGGUCGUGGUCACCAGCGGCGCAGUCGCCAGAAAUGAGAAGGGUUUUAGUGCACCAAUUUUCGACUCGGGGAACCUCAUCUUCGUUGGAAUGUUGAAUUGA